GUUUCAGAAAAUACAAUAAACAACGUGCUUUAUCUCUGUAUUCAUCAUCGUUUUUAGUACCGGUUCUACUCCUAACGAAAAUAGAAUUAACGUUAAAGGAUAAUAGAUCAUAUUGCCUUAAUUAAUUAGUUAUGUCUCGAGGAUUUGGAGGUGGUCGUGGAAGAGGCGGCUUUGGUGGUGGUGGUGGAAGAGGUAGAGGAGGAGGAUUUGGCGGCAGAGGUGGAAGAGGAGGGGGAGGUAGAGGUGGUUUUAGGAAUUUUGAUACUGGACCACCAGAUGAAGUUAGAGAAUUAGGAUAUUUUACUCAUCCUUGUGAAGAUGAUUUGGUUUGUAAAGUUACAAUAGAUGAUGUUCCAUUUUUUAAUGCACCAAUAUAUUUAGAAAACAAGCAACAGAUUGGAAAAAUAGAUGAAAUAUUUGGACCCAUUCGUGAUUAUUAUGUAUCUGUAAAGCUAUCAGAAGAUGUAAAAGCUAGCUCAUUUGCUCAAAAUCAAAAGAUUUUUAUUGAUCCACAGAAAUUGCUACCUUUUACUCGAUUUCUUCCCAAUGCACCAGGAACACCUGGACGAGGAAGAGGUGGAAGAGGAGGACGUGGUGGUGGAAGAGGCCGUGGUGGAGGUGGAUUUGGAAGUCGUGGUGGUGGCGGUUUUGGUGGUCGCGGAGGUGGUAGAGGAGGAUUUGGUGGUGGUCGUGGAGGAGGAUUCAAUAGAGGUGGCUUCAACAGAGACAGUGGAGGUGGACGUGGAGGUUUCAACCGAGACAGCGGAGGUGGACGAGGAGGCUUUAAUAGAAAUAGUGGAGGAGGAGGUGGUGGCUUCAACAGAGAUAGUGGAGGCGGAGGAGGAGGUUUCAAGCGCAAUUUUGAUGGUGGCAACAAUUUCAGUCAAAACAAGAGGCAGAAAUUUGACUAAUUUUUAUUCACAUGUAAAAAAUAUGUACAUUGCAAUUCAUAAAUUUAUUCAUCACUCAUCGAAAUAAACAUGCUUAUUUUUA